AAGACGACAGCUAGAAUUUUGUUUGUCAUCGCCGUAUCGCCCAACAGCGGUUUCUGAGCGUAGUUUAAUUUCGUUGUUCUCAAGUGAAAACCUUCUUUUUUUCGUCAUACACUAUGGAAACGUUAAUGGGAAUUCGUGGUCCGGACUUUGUGAUGCUAGCCGCCGAUAGUUCUCAUGCCCAUUCGAUUAUGGUCCUGAAGGAUGAUGAAACUAAAAUAUACAAGAUCUCCGACAACCUGAUGAUGGCCACGAUUGGCGAGGCGGGAGACCGAGUGCAAUUCACGGAAUACAUUAGCAAAAAUAUAUUGCUGUACAAGAUGCGCAAUGGUUACGAAUUGGGACCAAAAUCGGCAGCUCAUUUCACCAGGAAGAAUCUAGCCGAUUACCUGCGGUCUCGCACUCCGUAUCAGGUCAAUGUGCUCGUUGGCGGAUAUGAUGAAGCUGAUGGUGCCCAGUUGCACUACAUCGAUUAUUUGGCCAACUCGCUACCGGUGAAAUAUGCGGCUCAUGGUUAUGGAGGUCUGUUCGUAUCGAGUAUUCUAGAUAGGUACCAUCACGCAAAGAUAACACAGGACGAGGCGUAUGAAAUUCUAAAGAAGGGAGUAACUGAAAUUCAGAAGCGGCUCAUUAUCAAUCUUCCGAAUUUCAAAGUUUCCGUAAUUGAUAAGGAUGGAAUCAAGGAGCUGGCGGACAUCUCAGCUGACAGCUUGAAGCAACCGAUUGCGGCUUGAAGUUGUUAGCUUUAGGUGAUUUGAUUUUCUCUAACAUUGAAUACAUGAAAAACGAUUCGUUUAAAAAAAACCUACAGUCACUGCAU